CAAACGCAUAUGACGCAUGGCCUCUUGACACAGUUUCAGGCAGGAGAUUGGUAAUGGUGAUAGCCUGAUCUCAUGCAGUAGGCUGCUUGAACAUCCGAGCAGGUACGCUCUGUUUCAAAGCUCGGAGUUUCAGUUUCACAUGAACCUGGGAGCUUGUCUGCCUGGAACAACCUUCUUCGUUGUUCAAUUUGUUUACUAUAAGCAUGUUUGGAUGAGCUAAGGUUGAGUGCUAAACUUUAGCACAUAUUAGCAUUCAUGUAUAUGCUAAUAUUUCUAAGUCUUGGCUAAAAUUUAGCCCACCCCAUUAGCACUCCCGUCUAGAUGAGCUAGUACUAAAGUUUAGUACUUUCACCCACUGGCGCUUGGAUUCGAACCUAGGCUAGGGCUAUAUGACUCUGGCUACCGAUGGCAGGAACGAGUUAGCGCUCAAGAUUUCUGAUAGAAUCAUGCAAUCUGCUAAACUAGACCUGAAGAUCACCAAGAGCCGCGGAUUUCUGAUGACUGAACGCACGCGGAUGAUGGAAGAAAUCAGAGCCCAAGAACCCACGAUCGUCGUGGGCGAAAAGGAUAUCUGCAUCCAUGGGCGGACGAUGGUGCUGAUAAGGUCGUCGGUCCAACCGAUCUCUUCCCCCGGGGAUACGUUGCAAUUGCUUGCGUGGACGCCACGUCCGCACCCACAGGAAUCGCCAUGAAAUCUCGUGGGAUCCCCUGACUCGGAGAAACUAGCACUAGGUCUACCGCCGCAGCCCAUAAAACCCUCCAACAAAUCACUUCUCCCCUACCAUCUCGCCACCUCACCCCCACCAGGCAUUCGAAACCGACCUCGGCCUCAUCUCCUCCUCCCAGUCCCACGCAAGGAAGCGGCCGCCGCCAAUGGCGCUCCCCAACCAGCAGACGGUGGACUACCCCAGCUUCAAGCUCGUCCUCGUCGGCGACGGCGGCACCGGCAAGACCACCUUCGUGAAGAGGCAUCUGACUGGCGAGUUUGAGAAGAAGUAUGAACCCACCAUUGGUGUUGAGGUUCAUCCCUUGGACUUCCACACCAACUGCGGGAAGAUCCGCUUCUACUGCUGGGACACAGCAGGGCAGGAGAAGUUUGGUGGGCUUAGGGAUGGAUACUACAUCCACGGACAGUGUGGAAUCAUUAUGUUUGAUGUAACUUCACGGCUGACUUACAAGAACGUCCCAACCUGGCACCGUGAUUUAUGCAGGGUCUGUGAAAACAUCCCAAUUGUGCUUUGUGGGAACAAGGUGGAUGUGAAGAACAGGCAGGUCAAGGCAAAGCAGGUGACUUUCCACAGGAAGAAGAGCCUGCAGUACUACGAGGUCUCAGCUAAGAGCAACUACAACUUUGAGAAGCCUUUCUUGUACCUUGCCAAGAAGCUUGCUGGUGAUGCCAAUCUCCACUUUGUUGAAAGCCCUGCUCUCCUUCCUCCAGAUGUCACAAUUGACUUGGUCGCCCAGCAGCAGCAUGAAGCGGAGCUUAUUGCUGCUGCAGCCCAACCACUGCCAGAUGACGACGACGACCUGAUCGAGUAGUAGAUGUUGCUUUACAUCAUCGCCCGUUUAUAGUCUUGUUCUGUGUCAUCAGCAAACCUAUGUACUUUAGGAUGGAAUUUUCUCAGCGACCAAGGUGUUUUGGUAGAUCUUUCAGGGUCCGUUUGGUUGGGGAGCCAACUUGGAUGGAACGGUUCCAUUCCAAUUUGUAAGAAUGGAGCCGUUCUGUUCUGCGUUUGGCAGGCAGAACGAAGCCGCUCUAUUUUUUGUUUUUGUUUGG